AUGACCACCGCCGCAGCUUCCCCGAAGGCGUGCAGCACGGCAGAAGUGCCUGCAAGCACAUCCUUGGUUGAGCGCUCCGAGACGUUGUUCACUUGGUUCUGGCAAGAUGCAGACUCGAAUUGGGUUCCUUUUCGGCAGCAUGAUCAGAAGAAACUUGAAGAGGCGGAAGCUGACUCAAGUAGUGUCGUGAAUGUUGAGGGUGGGCGGUGGCAAGUUGAUCUGAAGGAGCGUGUUGUGAAUGAUCGAUAUGGCAGUGAUCCUCCGCGCAAGCAGGGCAAGGUGCGACGAUCCCUUUGGUUUCAGCAAGCGGCGACCUUGAUCCCGUACGACGAGGAGACCGCGAAAAACAUUGAAGCAGCCCACGAACGCGUGUGGCUCCGUGCCAAAGAGGCCCUCCCCAAGGAGGACUUGGAAAUUGCGGAGAGUUUGACGCUGGACUCGGGAAGACAGAUCACUCUGAAGCUGAAGUACGAGCAGAAGUCUAAAUCCUGGAAGUUGUCAGCCAAGGAGCGGACUCAGGCCGGAACCUCCUGGAUGGAGUAUGCACAAGCAUCCCUACUAGGCAAAACCUACCAAUUGCAGCGGGGCUUUGGCCCUGUCGCCCCACAACCGGGAGAGGAGGAGGAGAGAGUUUUGGGAAAUGAUGUGGGCAAUCUCAUUAUCCUGGUGCAUGGCGUGGGUGAGAAGAUGUGGAGUGAGGAAGGUUGCGGGCUGGCUUUCUCUUCCGGAGUGUUCCGCCAGAACACUCAUGUCAAGCAGUUGCAAUCUGCCGGCUUUGUGCAGAAGGGCUCCGGUUGGGAGUAUUCUGGGGAAGCACCGCCACCCACCUUGCGAAAGGACGAGGUUCUGGAGGCAUCCUGGUGGGAGACGAUACACACAGACGAGAUGGACGCGCGGCUCGCGCGGAUCAGCUUGCCAUCCAUGAAGCAGGUGCGGCAAAUCGCCAACUUUGCGGUGGUCGACGCGUUGUAUUACAUGCAACUUGGCCGGAAGGAGGCAAUCGUAGCGGCUGUCGCGCGCUCGGUCGAGGCGGCUCUGGCACGCUUCUUGAAGCACCACCCCCAGCAUUCCGGCAGUAUCGUCCUGGCGGGACAUUCUCUUGGAGGUGCAAUUCUCUUUGAGCUUUUGCGUAGCCAAUCUCCUAAGCUGAGCUUCAAGCCACAGGCCUUAUUCACAAUGGGCAGCCCUACGGGCUUGUUUCUGCAUAUCGAAGACAAGGUACCUGAGGAGUCCUGGGCUCUGCCCGGAGGUACCCGCUUUUUCAACAUCUUUCACCCGCUUGAUCCGGUGGCCUACCGCAUUGAGCCCCUGAUCAAAGAGGGCCUGGCCAAUCUGGACCCUGCCAAAGUUGCAGUGGAGGGUGGAAUCGGCGGAAUGAAGGCGCACUACGGAUUGCAGAAGAUGAUGAAUUGGGCCACGGGCGAGGAGAAGCGACAGGCCGAGUUCAACGACCUCUGCCAGUCUGUCCAGCUCAACGCUGGGGACCGCAUUGACUGGUCCUUGCAGGAAGAUCUCAGCAUCAUGACUGUUGCUGGCGUUGCAGGUGAAUUGAUGCAAGCACUCCCGAGCCAUGCGUGCUACAUGAAGUCUGCAGAUGUGGCGGCCUUCGUACAGAGCCGCACGCAUGCCCUGGCGCUGGUGCAGCGCAUUGCACCCAAGACGGAGACCGCAUCUGUAACGGAUCCCAACAGGAAACUGCUCUUCCACUACACGCACAGGGAGUCCUUUGAGAGCUUUGUCCGGAUCUUUUCAUCCGGGGACGAGAUGAUGUCUGAGGAGGAGGAUGCGGGCCCCGACAGAGAGGAGGAAAAGGCAUCUUCGGUGCAUGUUCGGAUCAUGGACCAGAUCCAGGCUGACUGGGACGACCGCAAUCCUCCUGCGCAAGGGAGCAGCAGGAGGAACAACCCCGAGCUCCUGAUCCGUGAGCCUGGGAAGUUUGCCUCUCGACAGGCCUUGAACCAGGCACUCUUCGGCAUCCCCAGGCCAGGGGGCACAACAACCUCUGGCCACAAGCUUGCAGAGGUCGGGAAUUACUGCGUGGCAGUGCUGGUUCCUGGCCAUGUGGCGGUGGUCAGUCGCACAUCCAACACACAUGGCAUCGCCAUGCAGAUUGACAGGGACGCUCUUCGGAGUGUGCACCAUCAAGCAGAGCUUCGCAAGCAAAAUUUGGCAAAGCAGGCCGAGGCUGAACAGCGAGCGGCCGAAGAGGCUCGGCGUGCAAGAAGGUCCUGCUUGGGGCGGCUGUGCGGAGGGGGCAGAGAUACGCCCCAAUACUGGGACGAGGAGGCCAAGGACGAGGAGCACGUGCAAGGUUGA